AUGACGGUAUUACAUAGAUUAACUCGGCUUAUGUUAUUUGAUGAAGAGGUGGUUCAACUGGCUAAACUUUUAUCGAUAACAUCAUUUAAUAAAAAUACUCCACAAUGUAAACCUUGCUCAGUUUUAACUCAGUUACAAUUGCACAAGAAAGUAUCACAUAAUGAAGCUUCAAUUAUGUCCAAUUAUGCUCUUCGAAAAGCGACUUUGGUUCCCAUCGCAAUCAUUUUGCAAUUAAGUUUGAACAUGAUACUUUUAUUUUCAAGUUCCCCGCUUUAUUUCUCCUUUAAAUGA